CUCACAGAGUUGUGUCUGAGAGAUGAAACUCUUCUAAAGUUAAAUCUAACAUUUCCCUUGUUUACGUCAUAAACUUUUCUUUGUUAUUUUGAAUUCAUAAACUUUUCUUUGUUGAUAGAUGUAUAAUAAUUUUUUCUACAUACACAUAUAUGUUUUGUAUAACAGAGUACUCUUUUUGUUUGAUUAUUUUCUUCAGAUUUUUGCUAGGCUUUUUAGUUUCUGUUCUUCAAUUCCUUCAUAUAUAUAUAUAUCAGAAAUCUCUUUGGUAGCUUUUUUUUUCCACAUAAUUUCUAGCAUAUGCAAUUUCAUUAAUUCUCAGAUCUAGAUCUGAUGAAUUUGAUCCGAUUGUGCCUGAAUUGUUUUUAUUCAUGGAUCUCAAUGGAUAUGAUGUAGUUGAUCCGAUCUGAGUCUCCAUAUUUUAAUUCCUUAUGGAUUCUAAUCGAUAUGAUGUAUAUAAUCGGAUUUUUAUGUUUGAAUUUUUUGUUCAUGUUUCUCAAGGGUUAUGAUCUAUCUAAUCUUAUAGAUAUUCUUGUUCUCAUUUAUUCAUGGAUCUCAAUUGAUAUUAUGUAUUUGAUCCUAUCUGAGUUUCCAAAUUUUAUUUCCUUAUGGAUUCUAAUUGUAUAAGAUACAUAUAAUCAGAUUUUGAUGUUUCAAUUUUUUGUUCAUGUUUCUCAAAUGUUAUGGUCUAUCUAAUCUUAUAGAUAUGAAGAAUUUGGUUUUUCUUCUCAUUUAUUUCAUUUACAUAUAUAUAUAUUUACAUUUACAUAUAUAUAUUUACAUAUAUAUAUAUAUAUAUAUAUACACAAUUGCUCAUAUGUUUUCGGGAGAUUAAGGCCCAACCAGCCCAGAGCAAAGACAGCCCUUUGCAAUGGAAUCAGCUGGCCCAUAUUGGAGUCUGGGGAUGAAGCUAAAACGACAGUAGAGAAAAGAAGAAGAUAGAGAGGCGAUAUCAGAGAGUUGCGUAGAGCUCAGUCAUCCUUGGGUUCUCGUUGAUUGCUUUAACAAGCACCUGAGAGUGUGAUCUGAGCUCAGUCAUCGUAAAGUGGUUCACAAAUGGUAUCAGUGACGCGAAAUCCAAGAGUACCGAAGUCGCCGAAUCCACCUAUUCCGAAAAGUGGUUCACAAAUAGCCGACUUUUUUGGCAAAUAUCUCUGUCCAGUUACUCUUUUGUCAUCGGGUGGUUUGUAUUAUUAUGGGGAAUUUUCGAAGUUUUUAUCAACUUUUUACCCAGACAAAACUAUGAAGCACUACUUAAAAGAUGUUCAUCCUGGCUUCUACUCUGACAUUGGCAGAAAUGCCAGAGAUCUUCUGUUUGAAGAUUUUCCUGUCUGCAACAAAAUCUCUCUGUCCAAGGACCUCUUCUCACUUAGGUUGAUUCAUCUAAAUGAUGUUCUUUCCGCUAGCUCAAAUGACAUCUGUGUGGGAGAAGGAGAUGUUCAGUGGAUUUUUAAGAGUGUGGCAAAUAACCUCACAGUUCGCACAAACUCUACCUUUGCUUUCAAAUCCAUUGUUAACCAAGUCGCGUUUGGUCUUCUACCUGGUCUAUCAUUCGUUUCUGAGUUUGAUACCGCAAACGCAAAUUCCGGCAAGUUAGAGGUUCAACUCAACCAAGAUUAUGUUAGCUGUAAAGCUAGCAUUGGUGGUUUAUUUCAUGACACCAAUGUCGGUUUCUCAUCUGUAAUUGGUACAAAGAAUUUUUCAUUGGGAGUGGAUCUGUUGUUCCAGACAAACAACCUAAACGUGACAAGGUUUGAUGCUGCUUUUGCUUAUACUACAGAAGAAAAGAGGACCACGUCUAUUGCUUUAAAUGGAGUGGGUCAGGUGUUGGUCGGAUCGUAUCAUCAAGUGGUCGAUACCGACACAUCAAUUGCGGCACAAAUGAGCUACCCUUUCCUCAACCGGCAUCCUGUCCUUACAAUCGGUGUUGAACAUAGACUUGAUUCACACCUCUGGUUAAAGGCUCGAGCUGACAGCACUGGGAAACUUAACACCAUUAUCCAGUGGCAUUCUUUGAAGGUGUUAGGAGAGGUCAGACCUGCCCAUAUGCCUAGAAUUGGAUUGGGGAUUGCUCUAAGCUUCUGAAAGGAACAACAAAGCAGCAAAAACAAUUAUGUCUAGUCUUUGUUUAGCAUCUUGGUUUGACAAUUUGUUUUAUAUUGAGACUGAUUCCUCACUUUGUCUAAUAAUCUUUUAAGGUGGAAAUUUUAUUUUAUUUGAAUUUUA